AUGGAAAGGUUUGUCAAAGAAAGCAUGAACAUCAAGGAUGUUCCGGAGGUCAUGAAAAUCAGUAGCUUUAUAAAUGGGCUGAAGCAUGCACAGCUGUGUGAAAAGCUGGGAGAGGAGUUCCCACCUUCCUUCGAUAAUCUCAUGGACAGGGUCAGGGCUUUCGUCCGGGGAAAGGAUACGGUCAGCAAGGCUAAGGAGACGGACACUACACCCCGAAGGGCUGCUCCAACAGCAAGACCCAUUGAAAAAGGUACUCCCUAUUCCCGAAAGCCUCCCUUUGAUAGAAUGUUACAUGACAGGGCAAGGCCCUCAUACUCCCCCUACAGACCCCGAGGGAGGGGCCCUCCCCCUUACCCUGACAGCUUCACCCCCCUCGUCAAAACUCCAAGUGAGAUACUGGCCACGGAAAGAGUGAAGAAUUCUUUCCCGAGGCCACCCCCCAUAAAGCCAGGACCCAAAGCACAGCCGAAUGAAUACUGUGAAUUUCAUAAGGGCUUCGGGCACAAAACCGAUGAUUGCAUGUACCUUAAGAGGGAAAUCGAGGCGGCGGUGAAGACGGGAAGACUGGCCCACCUGGUCAAGGAAAUCAAAGAAGGGGGAGGGGAUCGUAAGGGAAGAGAUGCAAGAGAGCCUGGGAGGGCAGAUGUUGAUAUGAUAAGAAGGAGAAAUGAAUUUGAUGUUACCCGAAGUGUUAAGGCCAGAAUCCUAGGCUCUCCGAACUGCAUGAAAACUCCCAUCCUCAUGCCGUACUUAGAAGAAAACGAAGUACAAUGGCUUCCGCUGAAUAUCUCAGCUGUGAUAGCUGGACACAAAGUGUCUAGAAUACACGUAGACGGAGGAUCCGGCGUUGAGGUAAUAUAUGGACAUUGCUUCCUCAGAUUCGACAGAGAUAUAAGAGAUAGACUGGAGGAGGACUCUAUCCCGUUGGUGGGAUUCAACAACAGUGUGUCACACCCCCUGGGAAAGAUCAAGCUCCCAUUUACAGUCGGUGUAGGGGACAGGGUCCGAACAAUCAAUUUGACCUUCACUGUAGUCAGGGCACCCUCCAAAUACAACGCGAUUUUGGGAAGACCCGAGAUCGGAGAUCUGCAAGCACAAGCAUCCACUCCUCACGGGGCGUUGGUAUUCCAAACACCAAAGGGCCUUGCAUGGGUUAAGUCAGCCUACGAGGUAGUCUCUUUAGUAUCCAAAGGGGAGGAACCCGGGAAGACCCAAGGGAGGAAGGUGGAAUAA